CGGCGAUUCGCAUUGGGCAGCCGUCUCGCCUCCCGGAAAGCGAUCGUGAUUCGUCGCUCCACCGAAACGCCCCGAAAAGUUCUUCACCGGAAAACAGUUUGUUUCAAUGCAACGGUCCAAACCCUGAAGCAACGCCUCCUUUAAAACCCCACUUCCCUCCCAGCCAUUUUCUCAAACGCCUUCACCGCAAUUUAAAUUCAAAAUCCUAUUAAGAAAAAUAAAAAACCGGCAGCAUGCUGCGAAGGUCGAUUUUGCAAUUAUCACAUCGCCGGGGGUCUCCUCGGAGAACUCCAAGGCAGAUUGUUUCUCAGCGCUCGUCACCGUUUGUUUAUUCGGGAAAGGAAUUUUCGACCUCUCCUGGAAAAAAUGCAAUUCCGAAACCUGGUCCACCUGAAUCGAACAGGGGCUUUCAAAAGUUGUCCUUGGAAGUGCUAUCAUGGUGGUGCUGUCUUGGUUGCAUACCGAGCGGGGUACUUAGAUCAAUAUCUUGGUGAAAACGCCAAGGUUCCUAUUGAUUCGAAGAAAAUUGGUUUUGAUGAGAAGGAUAUCCAAGUUGUUUCUAUGGACUUGCCCGAGCAAAAGGUUCCAACUCAUAUCGAUCUUCCUCCUCAGUCUGAAACUACUAGUGAAACCCAAGGAGAAAUCCAAUUUAAUGUGGAAGAUAAAUUGAAUGAGACACAUGGAGAAAACACGAAACCUGUCCCGGAAAAGGAAUUACCAGAAUAUUCUCCGAGCAGCUUUCCAUCUGCUGAUCACAGUGCGGAUGCUGCUGUAUCAUCUGAAGGGAAUCUUAAAAAGGUUGAGUCUGAAACUACAACGAUACCAAACAAGGAAAUUCAAGAUACUCCAGUAGAUAACCAAUCUAGUGCAUCCCACGGGGAGACAAAAACUGUCCCAACUCCUGCUACUGCAGACAGACAGCAGGAUGAACUGAGUAAAGGAGUUGAAUUGCCUAGUUUAGCCCCUGAAGAAAGUCAAAUAAAAACUGUGCCAUCUUUGCAUCCUACUACAGCAGACAUAGCAGAGGAUAAACCAAGUAAAGAUAUUGAAGCUCCAAGUUCUCUUCUUGAUGCAUAUCAUCUUAGGGAAAAGGCAGAUGAGAGCUACUUAACUUCUCUAAACAGAAAAUAUGAGCAACUUUCUAAAGAAACAGAGGCUUUUGGUACAGCAAUUGAGGAACUGAAUGAGGGAUAUUUAUCCAAGGAUGGAAAAUUAAUUUUUGAUUUCCUACAAGCCAUUCAUGCUGCUGAAAAGCGGCAAGCUGAGCUGGAUGCACAUGCUUUUGCUGAAGAAAAACGAGCGUUGAAGGAGAAAUAUGAAAAGGAGUUAAGGGAUUUAAGAGCCAGGGAGCUAAUGCGUACAGAAGAGGCAGCAAUAUUGGAUAAGGAAUUAAAGAGAGAAAGAACAAAAGCAGCAGCUGCUAUAAAGUCGCUUCAAGAAAAAAUGGAAGAGAAACUUAAGAUGGAAAUUGAAGAAAAGGAAAGAGAAGCUGAAAUGAAGUUGCAAAAAGCUCAGGAGUUAGGAAAAGCAGAACUGGCUGCAGCAAUUGCAAGUGAGAAAGCAGCACAGAUUGAAAAAAUGGCAGAAGCAAAUCUUCACAUAAACGCCUUAUGUAUGGCUUUUUAUGCACGGUCUGAAGAGGCACGUAAGAGUCAUUCUGUUCAAAAGCUUGCUUUGGGAGCACUUGCACUAGAAGAUGCACUUUCUAAAGGACUACCAAUCCAGAAAGAAAUAGAUGCUCUGCGCACCUACCUUGAAGGCAUUGAGAAGGAUUCAGUAUUAGAUUUGGUCCUUUCAUCUCUUCCAGAAGAAACUCGGUACCAUGGAACAGACACUCUACUAGAGCUGAAUCAAAAGUUUAAUGCCUUGAAAGGGACCCUAAGGCACUUCAGCCUAAUUCCACCUGGAGGUGGUGGCAUCUUGACGCAUUCUUUAGCACAUAUUGCAACCUGGUUAAAGGUGAAAGAAGUUGACCAUUCUGGUGAAGGGAUUGAGUCUGUAAUCAGUACAGUUGAUGAUUACCUGGCCGAAGGGAAGCUUGCUGAAGCAGCAGCCGCCCUUGAGCAAGGUGUCAAAGGUAGCCAAGCCGAGGAGAUAGUUGGUGAUUGGGUGGAAAGGGUGAGGAAUAGAGCCAUCACAGAGCAAGCUUUAACUGUACUUCAAUCAUAUGCUACCUGCGUCAGUCUUACCUAAUCUCGGGUCCUGAAUUUUUGGCUCCAACAAUGCCUUGGGUAUGGAACUUACAGACCUCAUUGAAUUAGUGGUUAAGCUAAAGGCUUUUUCUUACUUUCCUAGCCAAUAUACACAGUAAGCUGAAUGGUCUUCUUGCUUUUGGGCAACCUAUAUAACAGAAGGGUCUGCUUCCUCUAUAUUGUGUAAGAUUGUUCAUGAUCCUCCAAAUAAAAAUUUUGUUUUUCUUCACUGAAAAGGUCCAUAUUUCUUUCUGUUCAAAAAUACUGUUAAUAGGCCUUCAUGUUGGAAUAAACUUAAGAUUAUUGCAAA